ACGCGAUUCGCGAUUACAACGAUUACAACUUCGUAAGGACGAGAUAGGAAUACAAUACCUAUGCUCAUUGCUGGCGACCUGACGGCGUUUAUUCAUCCAUUACGAGCUUGGAAUUUCUGCCUGGGCAUAUCUACCUUCUAGUAAACGCAUUCUCAUCUCCAUCGGAAAAUAAAUAAAACAGAAAACACCUCGGGACCGCGAGGAUGACCCCAAAGAUGGCCGAAGUGAACGUGACCGGCAAGGUCAUCUCGCCGUCGCGGAUGGCGCACGUGGUGCUGCGGACGCCGCGCUACGAGGCGAUGGUAGCGUUCUACACGGCGUUCCUGGGGGCGCACGUGGUGGUGCGGACGCCGGUGAUCGCGUUCCUGACGUACGACUCGGAGCACCACCGGAUCGCAAUCGCGGCGGUGCCGGGGUGCGGGGAGAAGGUGCGCGGGAGCGCGGGGCUGGAGCACAUCGCGUUCGGGUUCGGGGGGCUGGCGGAGCUGGCGGCGGCGUACGUGCAGCGGCGGGCGCGCGGCAUGGUGCCGGUGUGGAGCACGAACCACGGCCCGACCACGAGCCUCUACUACCAGGACCCCGACGGCAACCUGCUCGAGACCCAGGUCGACAACUUCGACGACCCCGCCGCCGCCACCGCCUUCAUGCUCGGCCCCGACUACGCCGCCAACCCCUGGGGUGUCGACUUCGACCCCGACCACCUCGUCCGCCGCCUCCGCGCCGGCGAGCCCGAGGCCCAGAUCAAGAGGCGCCCCGUCAGCGGGCCCCGCGCCAUCGAGACCGUGCCCAUCUUCAACCCCCCGCCGCCGGUCGUGAGGGACAGCUACGAGCCGAUCGAGGGCGCCGUCUGAUACGCCGUUUGCAGUCGGGUAAGAGGCGGGCGCAUGUUACCUACCUAUGUAUAAGAACUGAGCUGUUGGCACGACGUUUUUUCUUUCCUAUUGAACGGUUUUGUCAGGCGGU